AUGGACCAAAAUCCCAACUUUGUUCCUGGCAAGAUAUAUAUACGCGGUUUAUCACCAGCCACAGAACAUGAUGAAGUUAGGAUGUACUUUUCUAAAUAUGGCAAGGUUAAGAGUUGUACCGUCAGGGAGGACCGCAACCCGCGCCGGAAUCUCAGAGUCGGGCUUGUAACUUUUAAAGAUGUCUCUGUGGUUGAUAGAGUCAUGGUGGAGAAUCAUGUUAUUGAUGGUUGUCAGGUUACGGUUGAAAGAUGCCUUGGGGAAAGGAAUGUUGAUGAUACGUUUCCAGAAAACACACUUUAUGUUUAUGGAAUUCCUGGAAAUGUGUCUCCAGGUGUUUUGGCAAAUUUCUUUAGUGAUUAUGGACUAGUCGUUUUAUGCAGCAUAGAAAGGGAAAAAGGCCAUGGAUACAUUUACUUUGAGUCUCCUCAGCAAGUUGAUGAUCUUAUAGCACGUUUUGGGAAUUGGAUUAAUUUUCAUGGAUAUAAAUUGGAAAUAAGCAAGCAUCUCCAAAAUAGGGGACCAACGCUUCCAUGUAGGGUAAGUGUUCCAUUGAAUGCUGCUAGAGCCGAAAGAGCUGGCGAUCCUGGUCGAAUGGCUGUUUCUAACCCGGCCGGGGGAAGCACGUCGAGUGGCAGGGUAGUCCAAAAUCAGUUGUGGCAACCUUAUGGAAGCUAUGGUACUAUGGUACCCUCUGUAGCAUUUCCUAAUUCCAUUGGUCAUGGACAAUACAAUGAUGUUCCUAUAGAAGCAGGAGGGCAAGGUGGUGGUGCAAUGAGACAGAAUAUUUCUACUUUUGCUGGCCAUCGCCGCGGCCAAGCCAAUGUCUCUCAAGGGGCUAGUAGUAGUGGAGGUGGUGCCUUCAAUGCUGGCCAUCAUGAUAAUCCAAAGGUGUCAAUGGAAUAG